GAUGCAGCUCUGUAACGAGACACACGCACACAGAAUUGACGGCGUGUUCUGCGAAAAUUGCGAAGAAAAAAAACUCAAUGCUGAAAACCUACAGACUCGUUCUGCUAAGUUACUGUGUUCAAUGUCUCGUUGACGCGGAUACACCAUCCUGCUGCAGUGAUUUGUAUGACCUGAGAACCACCCGCUGGUUCUGGCCAUCGGUCAGCAAGAGACCACGUCAACGACCUCGACUUGAUAGAAAUGGAAAAACCCAAAGAUGCUACGUUUGAGGUCCAGCGAGACUACCGGGUCUUUAUCGUGUUCCCCCUGCUCCCCAGUGAACUGCAAAUGGAAAUCUGGAAGAUGACCCUGCCUGACACUUCCAUCAUUCGAACUAUUGCCGACGAUGGCAAGUCGACACUCUGGCCAGUUAUCACGAUGCCAAAACCACCAAACCCUGGACAUUGCUACGGAGAAGUCCCCGCCAUCACUCAAGUAUCAGACCCAGAAGAUUACCCCGUCGCUCUCUGCAUCUGCCACCUCAGCAGGCAGGUAGCCCUUCACCACACAUUCGCGGUGCAUGACCUCCCGCGGGGCCGGAAAAGCAACUUCACCGGCUGCCUCAUCUCACGAAACGACAUCGUCAACCUAGACUUGGCCUCGUACUUCAUGAAAGUUCACGACGGUUUGCCCAGGCUUCGCGCCUCGUUGCAAGUGCCCUUCGACGCUCUGCAGCAAACUUUGCGGGCUAUGAGCAACAAACGCCGCAGGACCGCAUUUCCCGCUUGCUGGCAGUACGACCACGAGAUGCCCGACUUGCCGAAUCCCUUCUUCGACCUCCGAACCGGCAAGUACUGCAUCAUGUAUCCGCACUUCCAGACCCGCAAGUAUCUAGUUCCGUCCCCAUCCGGAUUUAAUUUCAAGUCAGUAUACUGCAAACAUCGGAGAUACGUCGCCGUCCGACUUUCGGACCUGGAGGAAUGGAUAUUUGGCUCGAAGAUCAUUCUGGGAACGGUAUGCGAAAGCCUUGUCGAUAAGUCUCCCGAUGACCCGGGUGCCCCCCAUUCCAAGAUCGUGGUGAAGGAUGUGAUACAAGACAUCGCGGAAAGACCGUUUGAGCUCGGCGCGGUCUAUAUCAUGAGAUUGUGGCGGCAAUUACUGCACGUGCUAGCAUUCGGCGGUACCCUAUGCGGCGAUGUGGACGAAUGGUUUGAACAGAGCUGCCUGCAAACAAGGGACCACUUUGCGGAGGUGAUGCGCGGCGGAAACUGUCACGGGUGUGAUAGGCCAGUGUUGCCUGCUAUUCAAAAGUUGUAUGGGGAUGCGCUUGAUCUGGCCAAGAUUGACAUCUUUGUCUUGACAACCAGAGAUUUCGUGGAUGAAUGGCGCAAGAAGAGCUUGAAGACGAAGGGGGUGAAGCCUGCGGCGAGGCACGAUCCUGCCAAGAGACUCGGUGGGUAACUGGCUGCCUAGAUCAGACUCAGCGUGCAGCAGUGUAGAGUGAGCUGCAUUCCCCAUAGAUAGAAAUCAACAGAGUCGCUUCGAACGCCUCGACUCUGUCCAACUACUAAGUACGAGCAAGGGGAAUCUGGAAAACUCCGGAGGUGGAUGACCAAACUUCAUGAAUCCUCGCCUCGGUGUCAUAAGACGAGCACCAUCUAA